GUUUGCUAAUCUCUGGUAUAGACUGUUUUGGCUGUUUUGUGGACAUUGUUCUAUGUACCUCAACUAUUCUAAAUGUGAACUUUUCCAGAGCCUGGUCUAGCUGCAGAGAUGGAAGCUGAGUCAUUGCCUUUCUCCUUUGGGACACUGUCCAGCUGGGAGCUGGAAGCCUGGUAUGAGGACCUGCAAGAGGUCUUGUCCUCAGAUGAAAAUGGGGGGACCUAUGUCUCACCCCCGGGACAUGAGGAGGAAGAAUCAAAAACCUUUACGACUCUUGACCCUGCCUCUCUGGCUUGGCUGACUGAGGAGCCAGGGCCAGCAGAGGUCACAAGCACUUCACAGAGCCCUCAGUCUCCAGAUUCCAGUCAGAGCUCACUGGCUCAGGAGGAAGAAGAGGAAGAGCAAAGAAGACCGAGGAAACGGAAACACAGUGGCCAGUCCCCAGCUCGGGCUGGGAAGCACCGCAUGAAGGAGAAAGAACAGGAGAAUGAAAGGAAAGUAGCACAGCUAGCUGAAGAGAAUGAACGACUCAAGCAGGAAAUUGAGCGCCUGACCGGGGAAGUAGAGGCAACUCGUCGAGCCCUGAUUGACCGAAUGGUUAAUCUACAUCAAGCAUGAACAUUUGGGACCAUCAUUUCUCCCUUAGGCCACUACCUACUUUUCCCAAAAGUGGCCACUGAUGACCUUCUCACCAGUGCCAAUGUGACCUUCAACCCCUCGUAUUCAGUAGUAGGGAGGGUUUAAGGUAGAUAAAAGGAAACAGUCUCAGCUUUGUGUAUAGAGAUUGUACAUUUAUUUAUUACUGUCUAUAUCCAUUAAAGUGACUUUCUGUGACCCA